GGCUCCGCCGUCUCUCCUCGUCUCCUCUCUCCCCUUUCGGUUCGCUCGCCGUUCGGGUUAUUCCUCGCCUCGCUCCGCUUCCUUCCUCCGCAGCCCUCGUCUCGAAUUCGCUUGCUGGGGCAGAAAUCGGGGCGCGAGGAUGACCGUGAUCGACAUCCUUACCCGGGUUGACGCGAUCUGCCAGAAGUACGACAAGUACGAUGUCGACAAGCUCAACGGCACCAACGUCGCCGGCGACGACCCCUUCGCCCGCCUCUACGCCUCCGUAGACGCCGACAUCAACCAAUGCGUCGAGAAAGCGGAGACCGCGAAGCAAGAGAAGAACCGGGCUGCGGUGGUGGCGCUGAACGCCGAGAUCCGGCGCACCAAGGCCAAGCUCCUCGAGGAGGACCUGCCAAAGCUGCAGCGCCUCGCCGUGAAGAAGGUGAAAGGGCUCACAAAAGAAGAAAUCGCAACCCGUAGUGAUCUGGUUGCCGCCUUACCUGACAGAAUACAAUCAAUCCCAGAUGGUAGUUCUACUGCCACAAAGAAAAAUGGAACCUGGGGAGCCUCAGGAUCUCGAACUGGAGGAGCCAUAAAGUUUGACUCUACUGCUGAUGGGAACUUUGACGAUGAGUACUUUAAGGGGACAGAAGAAUCGAACCAGUUCCGUCGGGAGUAUGAGAUGCGCAGAAUGAAACAGGAUGAAGGUUUGGACGUUAUUGGUGAAGGGCUGGAAACUCUGAAAAACAUGGCAUCUGACAUGAAUGAGGAAUUGGACAGACAAGUUCCUUUGAUGGAUGAAAUGGAUGACAAGGUGGAUAGAGCCAAUGCAGAUUUGAAGAAUACCAACGUGAGACUGAAGGAGACUGUUCUUCAGCUGAGAUCCAGUCGCAACUUUUGCAUCGAUAUCAUCCUUCUAUGUGUCAUUCUUGGUAUUGCUGCCUACCUUUACAAUGUGCUAAAAAAGUGAGGCGGAAUCCUUUCGUUAUUACAGUUCUACUUAUCAGUUCUUGGAGUGACGAGUUGCGGCGUGCGCAUGAGCCAUUUGUGUUGUCUUUUGUCUGUAUUAUUAUGGUGUCCAGCUUGAACCUUAGCUAGGCUUUGUUGAAGUGAGCACAGCGUGUGUGCGGGCACUGGAGUCAGGAGACAUAUCUGCUGUAUAAGAGUACGCGGCAUCAUUCUGUGUGAAACAUGUAAACCCUGCCCUUGUAUAUUCCGUCAUGUCUUCCAUCGGUAUCUUCAUAUUUAUCCUGAA